AAAUUCCCCAAAGCGAAUCUGUCCGGCGCGUUUGAACGGCUAUUCUUCUCUCUCUUCCCUAUCUUCCAACCACUUCAGCCUCUUUGCACCUUUGUAGUGCCUUUCUCCCCUCUCCCCUCUUUCCCUUGAUCUUCCCCCCCAGGGUUUCUUCCCCUCCCAUCCAUCAUGCAGGCCUUCCGCCGUAACACCGCUUCUGCCCUUCGCAAUGCUGCUGCCACGCAGCGCCGGGGAUACGCUGCCUCGGCCAGCCCGGCUUACGCUGAGACCAUCAAGAACCUUCGCAUCAACGCGGACACCAAGGUCAUCUUCCAGGGUUUCACUGGCAAGCAGGGAACUUUCCACGCCGAGCAAGCUAUCGCCUAUGGCACCAAGGUCGUCGGUGGAACCAACCCGAAGAAGGCCGGCACCAUGCACCUGGACCGUCCCGUCUUUGCGAAUGUGCGCGAUGCCGUGAAGGAGACUGGAGCUACUGCCACCGCCCUCUUCGUCCCCCCCCCCUUGGCCGCUAAGGGUAUCGAGGAGGCCAUCGAGGCCGAAAUUCCCCUGGCUGUCUGUAUCACCGAGGGUAUCCCUCAGCACGACAUGGUUCGUAUCACGGACAUCCUGAAGACGCAGAACAAGACCCGUCUGGUGGGUCCCAACUGCCCUGGUAUCAUCGCUCCUGGCCAAUGCAAGAUUGGUAUCAUGCCUGGCUUCAUCCACAAGCGUGGCCGCAUCGGCAUUGUUUCUCGGUCCGGUACCCUGACCUACGAGGCCGUCAACCAGACCACCCAGGCUGGCCUUGGACAGUCCCUGGUCGUCGGUAUCGGUGGUGACCCCUUCUCCGGCACCAACUUCAUUGACUGCCUGAAGAUCUUCCUCGAGGACGAGGAGACCGACGGUAUCAUCAUGAUCGGCGAGAUCGGCGGUAGCGCUGAGGAGGAUGCUGCCGAGUUCCUCAAGGCCAACAACAAGUACAACAAGCCCGCCGUCGGUUUCAUCGCCGGUAUUAGCGCUCCCCCGGGCCGCCGGAUGGGUCACGCCGGCGCCAUCGUCAGCGGUGGCAAGGGUGGUGCUGACUCGAAGAUCGCUGCUCUGGAGGCGGCUGGUGUUGUUGUCGAGAGAAGCCCCGCCUCCCUGGGCAAGGCGCUGCUCAACGAAUUUGUCAAGCGGGACCUGGUCUAGAUGGAAAUGAUAACAGUCUGCACGCAGGCGGAGACAUGACCUGAACCCUGCCGACUUGUGGGCGGGGAACUUUUCCCCCUCAUCUCUCUAUCCCUAGACGACUCCCUUUCUGUGUCUGAGCCGUGGCGGCCACUGUAUUUUUCUUAUCUCGGUGUCUUUUUCCUUUUUCUCGUCGAUAUAUCUCCUUUGUUUAGAGAUGCAAGGAAGUAAUUAUGUA